AUGUACAUAUUGCAAGAAUAUGCGGAUGAUCAAACUAGAACAGUUAUGAUGAGCACAGUGGCGAAACCAGAGAAAAUCAAGUGCGCAAGUUGCGUAAUUCCCCCAAAUAAUCGCCAAGCAAAAUUGGAGUUCACUAUUCCUUAUAAGGAAGGAGCUACUCCAGAGGACACGGAUAUCCUUGUAAAAACUUGGAUGAACAACGAUCAGGUAGGUUUAGCGCUUCAUUAUAUUCAGCAAGAAAAUCAGCAAGAAGCAUGGAAUCUGGACUUCUAUCCCGAUUCAGUCUCCAUUGGAAUCCCUUUAAUUAUGCACAGAUUAUCACACAACCAAAAGGGGCUCCAAUUUGCCAACAAACAACCAAAAUCCAUCUCAGAUGCGACCACGCAGCGAUAUCAGAGUUUGAAUCAACAACAACAAGAAUUAGUGCAGACGAUCCUCUUGGCAAACGACUUGACAGUGUUCUCCCAGGCCCAAGCAGGCACUGGAAAAAAAUUCACAAUGGCAAUAUGCUUAUGCGAAUUAAUGGCUCAGGAAGGAGCUGUACUUGUAGACUCGCUACCGAAUCCCGGAGACCUUGCACCCACUGCAGGAGAUAAAUUCCAAUUGCCGUCCUAUACCGGUAACUUACCAAGACAAAUCAUUCCGUACGGACAUCGAGGGUUCAUUCAUCAAUUGGCAAUGAACGACCAGAUCGCGCAGGUCAAACUGAAAAAAAAUUAUCAAAGUCACCCGCAACUUGUAGAAGCUAUUUCAGAAGCGGCCUAUGAGGGCCACCUAAUACCCGAGCUCGAUUUCGAUCAGCGGACUAUACGGCAAAAAUUGGAAUUUCCCGGCUGGCAUGCAAAAACCCCAAUUCUUUUCGUUCAAGGUCGAGAGGCGGUCAUACUUAUUACCACCCGUGCUGGAAGAGCGGAAUACGCAUCACCGUAUCAAUGUGGUUUCCUGUUCGACCCUCAACGAACAACGGUGGCGCUAUCGCAGGCGCGAGAAGGACUAUUUAUCAUUGGAGACCAAAACCUGCUAUAUAAAAGUGAGAUAUGGAGGCGCUACCUUAACAAAUACGACAUCGCAUGUGAAUUAAUGGAAUUAAACUCCUGGCUAGAGACACGCUGA